AUGGGCGCAAGAGCAUGGGACUACGAGGCCCUGCCGGAACUCCACUCCUCGACGGCGGUUACGCCGACCUCGACGCCACCGAGUGCGUCUCAGCAGAAAGCGCCUAGAGUGUACUUUCAAACAGAGAAUCUGGCGUCCACUAGACGAAGGAGCAGCAAUAGACUGCUGGCGCCGCAGCAGUCCUGCAGGAGACGGAGCCGCAGCAUGAGCGCCUGGAGCGAUUUGUCCAGGUCGUCCUUCAGGUUGGACGAAAGGUUCGUCGGUUUCCAGUUUGGAAACGUUCUGACUUUAUUCUAUCGUACACUUCAUAAGUUAUCGGCUUACGUUAGACAAUCUCAAUACAAGAUUAGUACGAUCUUUGCCUAA